AUGGCAUCAGUCCGCUUCACAGUGACGCCCACCAAGGCGGAGGACCUCCCAGGGCUGUCCGACACGUCGCCUGACAUCAGCUCGCGCUCGGGUGCCCGCGUGCAAUUCGGCUCCCGGGAGAGCGUCAAUCGAAGCGACCCGCUGAGCGAUGCAUCAGGAGGAGGAGGAGGAGGAGGAGGAGGGGCGGACACGCCUGAACACAGCAGCAUAGAGCAAGGUGAGCAACGCAUUCACUCACAGACACAUUCACAUAGAAUUAAUGUAGUUUCAAGAUACACAUGGCAAGAUUUUACAUGUUCAAGAGAGGACAAAGGGCCUGAUGGAGAACCUGAUCACACACACGCCCAGUUCACCUGACAACCUCCCACUGAACCACAGCCCAUUGCUGACAGUAUAAUCCAUAUAUUUAUGAUAUGUCAACAAGCCAAUCCUUCCUCGUGUUUCAACCGCUGAAUGACAGUUUUUACCUUUUGAAGGCUUCGUAGUUAUCCAGUUUUCACUUUAAGAAAGCAAAGAAGUCAAGAGGCUUCACAUUCAGAUGUUCUGACUUUUUUUUGUUAUUUUCAAUAAACAAGAUCGGAAAAUUGAUUUGGAAGGACAAUGAAUAUAUUGUAUUGUCACGUACACAAAAAUAGUUUAGGUAUGAGCCUGGAGUAUCAAAAAAUGUAAAUGAAAACAAGAUUUAAAGAUUGAAAAGAUGGUGAUGUUGGCUUCACAACCAGUUGCAUCACUAUUUAAAUCCAGAUAUUUACAAGUUAAUAAUGCAAAUGACAUCAAACCGAAAUGUUCUUGGCUGUAAAAAAAAUGUAACAUUUCUCAUAUCGUAACAUUUCGUAUCAUAUAAUGUUUCAAAUCAAAUCGUAGUGUCUUGUAUCCUAGCGUAUCAUAUUCUAUCACAAUGUCUUGUAUCGUAUUGUUACGUUUCGUAUCCUAUUGUACCGUAACAUUUUAUGUCUUAUCCUAAUGUUUCAAAUCAUGUCGUAAUACAUCAUAUUAAAUUGUUACAUUAUGUAUCCUAUCCUAACUUGUUAUCGUAACAUUUCGUAUAAUAUUUCUACGUGUCGUAUCUUAUUCUAACUAAUCAUAUCAUAACAUUCCGUAUGAUAUCAUAAUUUUUCAAAUUGUAUCGUAAUGUUUUGUAUCCUAUCGUCUGGUAUCCUAUCAUGAUGUCUUGUAUCGUAUUGUUACGUUUCGUAUUCUGUUGUAACUUAUCAUAGUGUAACAUUUUGUGUCAUAUCAUUAUGUUUCGAAUCGUAUUGUAAUAUAUCGUAUCUUAUAGUUACGUUUCGUAUCCUAUUCUCACUAAUCACAUCGUAACAUUUCGGAUCAUAUCAUAAUGUUUCAAUUUGUAUCGUAACAUUCCGUAUGAUAUCAUAAUUUUUCAAAUUGUAUCGUAAUGUUUUGUAUCCUAGCGUAUCGUAUCCUAUUAUGACGUAUUGUAUCGUAUUGUUACGUUUCGUAUCCUAUUGUAAAUUAUUGUAUUGUAACAUAUAAUGUUUCAAAUCAUAUCGUAAUACAUAAUAUUUUAUUGUUACGUUUCGUAUCCUAUUGUAACUUAUGGUAUCGUAACAUUUUGUGUCUUAUCGUAAUGUUUCGAAUCGUAUCAUAAUAUAUUGUAUCAUAUUGUUACAUUUUGUAUCCUAUCCUAACUUGUCAUAUCGUAACAUUUCGUAUCAUAUCAUAAUGUUUAAAAUCGUAUCGUAAUGUUUCGUAUCCUAGCGUAUCGUAUCCUAUCAUGAUGUCAUGUAUUGUAUUGUUACAUUUCGUAUCCUAUUGUAACUUAUCGUAUCGUAACAUUUCGUAUCAUAUCAUAAUGUUUCAAAUCGUAUCAUAAUAUAUCAUAUUGUUACGUUUUGUAUCCUAUCCUAACUUAUCAUAUCGUAACAUAUCAUAUCAUAUCAUAAUGUUUAAAAUCGAAUCGUAAUGUUUUGUAUCUUAGCGUAUGGUAUUGUUACAGUUCAUAUCAUAUAGUAACUUAUCAUAUAGUAACAUUUUGUGUGUUAUCGUAAUGUUUCGUAUCGUAUUAAAACGUUUUGUAUCGUAGGGUAUUGUAUCUCUUUAAGUCUUUGUGAUUCUUUUGGCAGAACCCUCUGGAUUCCAUAAAAGUUUAGUGUGAGACAAAAGUCAAGGAGGUCAAAGAUUUCUUUUAUGACUCGAGGACUCUCCCCACAGACGUCUGAUUUCUCCUUUUAGUUUAAUCACAAAGUAGCCAAAUGAAAGUUGGUUGUAUGUUCUUUAUCGUACUGUAAACUGAAAGAUCCUUGGAUGGAGCCAAAAUGCCAAAUUUUUUCUUUCUGUUUUUGAGCUCAUAAUCCUGUGGUUUGUACUUAUCUGUCGUUAUUUCAGCUGAAAUGAAAUCUGGGACACACAGACGCUCACGUUUGCAGAAGCACUCAUGAAGUCAGUCAUUAGCUCGAGUCUGAAGACGGAAAUUUUCACACAUCCUCUGCAAACUCAGUUAGUUCUGCUUUCUCCCAGUACAGGCUGCACUCUGUCACAACACACUGUCCCUGCCGGCUCGUGGCUAACUGAUCUGCGCGGCGUAUGAUCACGUCUUCGCGGUCGUUUAAAAAGUAGUUCAUUCACUUGGAAAUGAAGCAGGAUUCCCAGGAAGAUAGUCAGAGUCAUGAUCUUCCCGGUCGCUCUUGGUCUGAUGUGUCCCUUUCACCAACAGAGGAGUGCUAUUUUUAAAGGUCUCCUCACGUGUGCCUCAAAGUGUGUCUCUGGGUCACGAAGUCUCUUUUUUUUUUUUUAAGUGGACUUGACUCAGCGGUCUACAGGAGCGCCAGUUUAACCCAUGAGCUCUCGGCGAACACAGACCGCUUUAAUGUGAGCCUGUUGGGAUCAUAAUGUAGAUUUCACACCCCACUUAUAAAGUAGAUACGCUCUUUCACGACCUUUUCACGUGGACUAGGAGGUCUCGUUUGACGUGCAGCGCCGUGACCGUGCAGAUGUCCACCGCAGUAUUUCAGCUUCUAAAAGUGUUUGCCCUGAUUCAUCUGCUCAAACAGGAGGGAGGCGGGGCUUAUAACUGCAGGGAGAUGUAACUGUAUUAACUGCUCUGAUCCACUUAAGUGAUUGCAUAGUAGUAAGGACGCCCCACGUUGUUUAAUAAGCCUCCACAAAUAGAAAUGGAGACGCUUAAUCCCGCCGAGCUUAGAUGGAGCUCGUGCGAUGCCGCUCAGAGGGAGACACAGCUGCGCACACGGCCCCCAAAAAACAAAAUCUGUGAACGUGAACGAGUCUAGACCCUGAGAGGUGAGGAAGAACAAGAAAAUAAAGUGGAUGAGAUGUUUUCAGAGAGGUCAAAAGCUCUGUGAUCCACCAAUAAAGAGGCAUUUCGAAGCUGUCGUGCUCUCUCUUAGACACAUCUGGUUUUCUGCUUCACCGCUUACACACAAUCUCACACAAAAUGGCCUCACACUCAGGUGUUGUAAUCUAUCUCGGGUGGAAACGCACAGCUGCGUUUCCGUGCCGCUGAAUGUAUGUUCCUCUUUAUUUCAGCUCCUGCUUUGCUGACUUUGUUUGGGGAUUAGAUCAUUUUAGCGGGGGCUGGUUUUCUCAACGCCAGCGAUCCGAAACAUCAGGAAAAUGACAAGAUCUCGAAGAGAGUACUGAAGGGGAAUCACAUCAUCUGGCUCUCGACACUGACUCAGCAUCCUUCUUUGUAGCUGAUAUGUUCAAAAACGACACUCGUCAUUGUUUAUUGCGCAAAAAGCAACUUGAAAUGAAAAAGGAGUCCGACUCUAUGACCAGAAGGUCAUCCGAGCUUUAGAGCUGAUAUUUGCUGUUAGAGAAAAAUGGUCACUUGAUGAUCGCUGAUGGAGCCUAAGAUUGCAGUUUGCUCCGAUGAGUUGUACCUCUUAUCUAAUCAGGUUUAUUGCGACCUCGGCUCCCCCACUGUCAUAAAAGUUAUUCUUUAUUAGGCUGUGACAACAAAUGAAUGUGGAAUUAAAAUCAGAUUUUGGUGAUCCUCAGGGCUAAACUCUGUUUCUGUAUCUUCACUUAAAAGAAUUAUGUCAUGAAUCCGUACUUGAUAACUAUUUUGGUGAAAUUAUGCAGUUAGUUAAAAAUUAAGUGUUGUGUGACUUCUGCACAUAACCUUUUAAUCUGAGCGCCCAAAGAUGUUUUUACAAAAUAGGAUUAGGGCCAAAAGAAGAGAAAAGAAAGUAAUUACAGGAGGGAGAUUUUUUUAAAUUUCCAUUUAGAGAUUAAAGUCAAAAUUUAGGGAUUAAAGUAGAAAUUAAAAAAAUUGAAAUGAAAUAAUAUGAAAGACAUUAAGGUUGAAAUUUCGAGAUUAAAAAGGAAAAAUUACAUGAAUAAAGUCAAAAUUUCAACUUUAAUAUCAAAAUUUAAAUUUUUUUAAGGUUGAAAUUUUGAUGUUUUAUGAUCUUGAAAUUUCAACUUUAUUUACAAAAUGUUGAUUUUUGAAUCUCAAAAUUUCAUUUUUAAUCUCAAAAUUUCGACUUCAAUCUCAACUUUAAUCUCAAAAUUUGGACUUUGAUCUGGAAAUUUCAACUUUAUUUGAAUAACUUUUAUUUUUUAAUCUUGAAAUUCUGACUUUAAUUUUGAAAUUUCAACUCAAAUCUCCUUAAUGUUGAAAUUUUAAUGUUUUAUUAUCUCAAAAUUUCAACUCAAUUUACAUAAUUUAAUUUUUUUAAUCUCAAAAUUUCAAUUUUUUUUCAAUGUUGAAAUUUUGAUGUUUUUUAAUCUCAAAAUCUCAACUUUAAUCUUAAAAUUUGUACUUCAGUCUGGAAAACUCAACUUUAUUUGAAUAACUUUUAUUUUUUAGUCUCGAAAUUCUGACUUUAAUUACGAAAUAUCAAAUCAAAUCUCCUUAAUGUUGAAAUUUUGAUGUUUUAUAAUCACAAAAUUUCAACUUAAUUUACAUAAUUUCAAUUUUUUAAUCUCAAAAUUUCAACUUUAAUCUGGAAAUUUGGAAUUAUAUCUCAAAUUUCAACUUUAAUUGAAUAACUUUUCUUUUUUAAACCUGAAAUUUGGACUUUAAUCUCAAGAUUUCGACUUUAAUCUCCUUCCUCUAAUUAUUUUUGUUCUCUUUAUGUGGCCCUAAUCCUCUCCCAUAUGUUUUUUUUUGGUAACACAAGCAUCAAGAACCAAAGCUCGAUGUCAAACCCUCAAAGUCAGCACAUUUCCGUCAGUAGAAACCAAAGACGAGCCGAUCCGUUAAAGUGUGUGGGAGGAAGUCAGUCCUGUCAGACCGCCUGGAAAACCUCGUUCUGUUGACAUCCCUGAGUCUGAGUCUGUCGUCGUAUUUCUGCUCUUGUUUGUUCUGAUGGUGUGACCUCAGCAUACCUUCAGCUCCUAACCUGAUCAACAGGUUGGGACUGAACAAAAAAAUCCCACGCUGGCGUGUGUUUGUGCUCGUCCACAUGGACUCAAAUAUGCAUGCAUGCACCUGUUUGUUUACCCGGAGUGUGAAGUAUUCAGACAAUCCAGUUUUUUUCUAAUCUGUGAGCAUAUUUGAGGAGAAUCAGCCCGUCACUUUUAUUUGAGAAGCAUUUGAUGAAUUCCUGAUAAGCUUCUGGGUUAAUCUUUGCCAACCGCCCGAGCGCUUCAACUUCAUUCUCUGAAAAUCAACAGAUGAGCCGGUUUCACACUCACCAUCUCUGUCAAGAUGAGAACCGAGAACAGGACAGGAAGUCGCCUCCCACCUGCCAAAUGCUGCGUUUUUCUUCACCUGGAUGUUGUUGGGUUUGUUGUUUAUUGUUUGCAGUUGAGAUUGUGAAAGUCGUAUUCACCAUCUCAGGUCUCCAUGAGAAAAGUUGAGAUCUGUUAAUCCCACAAAUUUACCAUCAUCAUGAGACCCCUUCACAGAAACUGGGUUAGUUUGAUUAGAUUUAGUUUUCAGGGUCUGUAUGACUCAUGCGAAGAUGUCUUUAUGUAAUGUGUGACGCUGCACAGGAGCGAUGGCUGCUGCUGCUGCUAGCGUGCGUGCGUGUGGCGGAGCAGGGAGGGAAGUGAUGCUGCUGACUCAGAUGCUGCUGGUGCAGGACUCUCUGCUGACCGAGGCAGAAGACGACCGUCCACACGGUGGCUGUUACAUGAAACUGGGCGUGUGGGUCUGUGGUAAAGACGAGUCAGGAUCAGGUGUAAGAGGACCCCUCUUAGCUCUGGUGGUGACAGAGGUGAAAAUUGUGCCGGGUUUGCAGUUUUUCAAGUCGAUCCUGGUCUGCUAAAUGUAGAAAUCCGCCCUGUCCACCCAGCUGUCGUUAACGGUUGUCAGUUGUUGUUAGUUGUUGUUAGCUACACCAGACGUAAACAAUGCAUAACAAAAUAUAUCCACUAUUUACUGUCGAUGCACUGCGCUGCCAUCUUGGAUUAUGGCGUUGUCGUCAAGUCGGGGUUGGCGAGGAUCGUCUGACUUUCCGAGUUGGAAAUCCGACUUCAGGGGGGCAUUCCAGAUGAAUAUCCGACUCUGAGCUUGGAAAUUCCGACUUGCAAGUACAACUGGAAUGCAGCAUCAAUAUGAACCGGACGUUGAUGUUUCGCUGCCUGGCGACCGUUAGCUUGUUAGCUUUUAGCUUGUGGCCUUGUUAGCCUCCCUGUUGCCGUCCCUUUGCCGUCCCUUGGCUUUUCAGACCUACGAACGCGCCUGCCUCCUCCUGCUCCUCUCUCUGCUCUCCUCUCUCCAACUGUGGCUUAUAGUUUGAACUUCUGUUGCACAACUUUUUGAAGAUACAGCAAACCCAUGACUUCCUUAUGCUCCCCAAACCUUGUCGCACAUCGAUCCGGGUCCAGAACUUACACUAGCCUUGUGAGAGUCAAAGGAUUCGAACAAGGCGGUUUAUCUUGUUGAGACUGUUUUGUCCUUUCCUUCCAAACAUGACGCCCGUCUGUGCUUUCAGGUGACGGGAACUCCAAAAUCUCCAGUGUGUACAUCAACAACACUCACGGGGUGGACGAUGACGACUUCUACGACAGAAACCUGGCCUUAUUCGAGGUUUGAAACGCUAACAAUCCUGUUAUGAACGUUCCUGAAACUUGGACGUGUAUCAGAGUAGGAAAGCUCAGUGGCUGUGGUUGCUGCCUCCUAUAAAAACGCUCACCCCUCUUGUUUUAUUACACAUUAAGUGGUUAAAAACAGAACCUCCAAAUGGUGGCUGUUUGUUCGCCGAAGAGUCCGGAGCCAAAAAUAAAUGAGCAUUUGGCUGGUUGGUGUUGAUAAUUUUAGUUUUUAUAGAUUUUGAAGUUUCCUGGAAGCAGCUCUGUCCUCUGAAUCUCCCUUUUUGUUACAGUCUGGUCAACAUGCUCCAUUUUCUUUAACAUUCUUACACUUUGACGUCUUUUUUAUUUGUUUAUCGUCUCUUUCUUCCUCCAUUUUCUUCUCUCUCUGCUCUCUUGUUAUUUUUGUACCCUGUCCUUGUUCCUGCUUCUUUCAUCUAUCCCCCUGAUUCCCCUUUCUCUUUUUCACCCCCUGCUAUCUGAUUCCUCACCUUUACCGCCUCCUCCUCCUAUUGUUCCCAUCUCCUCUUUUUCUUUACCUCCUUUCUCUUUUCACGCCCCAGGAGGAGAUGGACACUCGGCCAAAGGUGUCCUCUCUGCUCAAUCGCCUGGCAAACUACACCAACCUGACACAAGGGGCGAAGGAACACGAGGAGGCCGAGAGCAUCGGAGAGAAGAAGAAAGCAGGAAAGGUAGAGCAGACUCUGACUCGUUUUCUUUUUAAUCUUUGAGAACUUUUGAAAAAAGUUUGAAAGAAAACACCCUGUCCCACAUAAAAGCGCUUUACGAACAGGUGCAUCCACGUUGUCUCAGCCUGAACAAACUUCCUGUUUAAAUUUAGAGCAGGACUUCGAUGCCAACCUGUUUAUAUGACCCCGAAUGUACUUUGUCCAAUGUUCUUACACUGCAGCAAUCACAACCACCACGAUGAUUAUGGGUCCAGUCAGGGUUCAGAUUCAUAAAAACUUUAUUGUCCAAGAAAGGGAAGUUGUUUUUUUUUUGGCUGGAGCUCAUAUGAUGUCACAACACAGCAGCCAAUUAAAAUUACAGUGGAAAUAAUGGACGAUAAAGGACGACACCAACAGAAUCAAAUAAGGCGUAAAAGACAGAUGUAUCGUAUCAUAUUGCGUGGCUUUGUAUCGUUUCAUUUCAUCUAGGGGUGCCCAGAUACAACCUUCUUACUUCCAAUAUGAUACCGAUAUUGUAGUCUUCAGUAUCGGCCGAUACCGAUAUUCAUCCGAUAUUAGCACAAACUUGGGCAUGACAAGUUUUGCUCUCAGCUGCAAUGUCUUUUUCUGACUUUUAACGAAAAAUAUUGCCACACAGCCGACAUCACUCCUACUCCUUGGUACUUUGUGUACACACUGUUGUUGUGAUCACAUGGGCUCUAUAUACGUGAUCUGGGCGCUGCAAGAUAGAGGUGCCGAAGUGGAGUCUGGAAUGGACUGCUUGUAUCAGAAUGCUGAUAUGGGAGGUUUUGGAUGCAGGGAGAUAUAUUCCGAUUUUUGCUUUUUGGCCGAUAUUGGACCAAUAUCAGAUAUCAAUAUCGUAUCGGGACAGCCCUAAUUUCGAAUCCCUUCAUAUCAGACCAUAUUGAAUUGUGUUGUAUCAUAUCAUAUGGUUUCGUAUCAUAUAUAAGAGUAUUUUAUUGUUUUUUUUUAUAUAUCGGAUGAGAUUAUUUUUGUUUAAUCCAGGAUCUUGUCUCAUUUUAUUAAAUUGUCAUUGAGCUGUGAUUUAACUUAUCGUACCUCACUGUAUCCAGUCAGAUUAUAUAAGAAUGUUUUUUGUAUUGUAUCAUAUUUUACUAUCAAAAAGUUAUAGAAACAAUAAAAUCCUACAGUAUAGUUAUUUUAGUAUUAAAUAUGAUUAGACUAAAACAUCUUAUCCUAUGAUUUUGUAUUGACUGAGAUUAAAUCAUAUAGAAAUGUAGGACUGGGCGACAUGGCUUCAAAUCAAUAUCACGAUAUAUUGAUCAGUUCACCUCGAUAACGAUAAAUAGACGAUAACUACUCCACAACAAUGGGGUCUUCUGUUUGUAUUUAAGAGAGCUUGAUCACAGGGUGUGGGGUAUUACAUGUGCUUCAACAGGUACCAAAGUACUUUAAAGUUCAUGUUCCACCUAAAUAUCUGGAUAAAGAUUAAAAAGGAGAAAAGGAAAGUGAGAUCAUGUUUUAUUAUCCUCAUAACUCACUGACCUAGAGUGAAAAUACAGUAGGAUGUGACCCUGAUCUGCACUGCAUCCUGACUGAUAAGGAGUCAGCAGGUCAAGAUAAGACAAUCUGCUGUCAUGGUUCACGGUGUUUUAUGAUUUCCACCCUGGUCUGAUUGCAUGUUUGCAGGUCUGGGCGCAUUUACCGCAGACAGCUCGGGAAAUCCAACCAAAACAUUGGUAAUCCUCCCUUCUGGCCACACUGUGUGUUCAGUGUAAGCAUUAACAUAAGUCUGUGGUGAACCAGACUGGUGCAGUGCAGUCAUUUCCCAAACCAGAGUUAAGCACAGAGGCCAAGUUUGAGGAAGGGAGGGAUUGUGGAUCGGCUCAGCUCGACACACAGGAGAAACUUCCGGAAAUAGACAGAAGCCAAAGAUGGAAAUGAGUUGAUAGAGUGAUGGUCGAUUUUCUAACUUAAUUUGGGGAUAAACCAGCAGCUCCAGUGGAACCAUUACUCCAUUUGUGAUGCAGGUCUUUUACUUUCUGUCAGAGUAGAUGUGAAAUGGAUGAACUCCUCCAUCAAUUCAUCUGCUAUCUCACUCUUUCUGGUGCCUGGGUCAUGGUGGCACCAGGCUAAAUUAAUCGUCCCUCUCCCUGACAACCCCUGUCCAGCUCUUUCUGGGGGAUUCCGACCCGUUCCCAGACCAGAUAGAUUAUGUAAUGUAAUGUAAUCCCCGUCAACCCUGGGGUCCGCUUCCAGUAGCAAAUCUCCAAAGGGAGGCAGCCAGGAGGCCUCCUAACCAGGACAGAGCCCAGCCACCUCUAAGAGGAAACACAUUUUGGCUGCUUGUAUCCGGCCUCAACCCCAAAGCUCAUGACCACUUCAGUCCCCUCUUCACCACAGAGGUCUACAACAAAGCCUGCAGUCCUGCUGGUCUCACAGUCCAUGAGAUAUAAGGGUAUCGUGUCAUAAUAGAGCUUGGCGUGUUUCAUCUUUAGGCGGUUGAAGAGGUUGCUGGUGUUCCCUCCUCCAGCAAUGACAGCCACACCACACUCGUUGCAGAGUAUUGUUCUUGGAUCAUUGCCGGAUUUUCUAAAUCCAAAGAAUCUCCAGACAACCAAUGUUGCGACUUGCGCCCCGGAAUGAGUUUCUCCUCUUCUUUCUCAUGUUGGGUGGGUCGGGCUGCCUCUGUUUGUUCAGUACCACCACUAAUCUCUGCGUUCGCCAUGACCACCAACAGUGAAGCUCUUUCUUCUUCGUCCAAACUACGCCAAGCAGUCUGCUGGUGAUUAUAGGGAGCGCACCAGAACCUGACCAAUCAAACGGAGCGAAUAAACUCUGCAUGACACGCUGGUGAAUAUAUGGAAACGCACCCAAACGGAAGCGCUCCGGCUUUCCAGUCAGGCAGCACAGACAACUACACACUGACUCAGUAUAAACGGUAUGGCAUGAUUUCAACCGGUAGACACUUUUAUACCAUCACACGGUAUAUACCGUCAUACCGCCCAACAAUACUUGGGUGCUCUUCCUUGACUGAAACGGUUAUCUGACUGCUUGUCAGUUGUGUCGUUGUCUUUUGUUGCUAACAAACUUUGAAAGUACUUUUGUCCUUCAUCUCUCUGCUGUGUCCUUGUCCCAGUCUCCUCAGAUGGGGACCUUCAUGGGCGUCUACCUGCCGUGCCUCCAGAACAUCUUUGGCGUCAUCCUGUUCCUGAGGUUGACCUGGGUGGUGGGAACAGCCGGGGUGCUGCAGGGUCUCUGUAUCGUCUUCAUUUGCUGCUGCUGUGUGAGUAUCAUGAGUGUUCUGGUCCGAUGGCAGAUCAAAAUAAAACCUCCCUCUGUGUUCUUACUAUCUGUUUGUCUCUUUUCAGACCAUGUUGACUGCAAUAUCAAUGAGUGCCAUCGCCACUAACGGGGUCGUACCAGGUACCUCAUCAGUGUCCACUCUUUGCCCUCCACUCAGAGGAUUGAACAGAUCUGGUUUGAUACAGCAAACUCUACCGCCAGAUGAUUUGUUUAUCCCUCAGGAUGGUUUUGAUUGCGCAUGUCCUCCAUUUUUUCAGGGAAAACAUCACAUUACAAAUUUACUGAGGUCAAGAGUGGCAUGCAAUGGUCAGGUUACGAUGAGAGUGCCCUCUGCUGAUCAAAUGGGGAACUACUUCCGACGGCCUGACGAGCUGCUGGACAGUUUUUUUUAGUUUAUAGUGAAAAAUCACAGACUUCAGUUUCAGAUGAAAAAGACAAUAUUUUCGGCGUUAAUCAUUAUCUCGGUUUUAUUGAAUUUUUUAACGUACGCUGGAUUGGUCAGUCGUCAUAGAAGUUGUUUAUGUGAAAAUAACUGGUCAGCAUUUCAGACAGCAGUCUUUUAACAUUACUGGAGGAUAUUAUUAGAUAUGUCUGUGCGCUCUUGGGGGCGAUUCAGAUUCAUCUACCAUAAAAUGACAAACCCUCCCCCCUUAGAGCAACAUAUACUUCCUGAAAGGGCUUCAGUUAUUUGGUCAAGCGUAAUAAUUGUCCUUCAAAAUCCUGACACACACACAUUUAUCUGCAGGUUCAGCAAUAAAAACAAAUACAGGCCACAUUUGAUGACAAACCAGAAGCUUGUUCCUACUAAAUGAUGACACCUGUCUGUCUUCACACGUCCACCUGACCGCUGUAGAUGUUCACAUGAAUUUCCCAGCUCCUCUUCCUGUACUGUCAGUACUUACAAAACACAUUUUCUUUUGUUCUAAUGAGUGUUGUUUGUGUUUGUCCCGUCUCCCCCUCUGUCUACCUCUCCCUGUCUGUCUGCACACACAUUUAAAAACCCAGGAUGAUUUAUCCGCUGCCGACUUUUACCGCUUACUGGAACGCCCUGUAGAGAAAUAUCUUAAAAUGUCAAAGUAGUGCAAUAUUUCCACAAGCAUGUGACAUUUUGAAUGAGUGAAUUUAGGCUUUAAAAAAAAACCCUGGGUAACAUAGAGAGUUGAUCUAACGCAACAUUUCAUUCCAUUCUGUCUUUUUUCUCAUCUGAACAGCUUCAUACUUUCUCACCAUCUAGUUUUUAGAUGGUAGUUAAAUCCGUAUGAAUGUACUGUAGCUGAGUGAAGGAGGUGUUUGGCUUCUUGAAAACGGCUUUGAAAGUCCUUCUGCCUGUAAAUACAAACAUCAUAAACCUCAAGGUUUUAACCCUGAUGUGUACAGCAGUCAAACAUGGCGUUUCCGAUUUCAGGGCUGGAUUCUUGGAAGCCAAACGGGGAAUUUUCAGCUGAUAAUUGUAGUUAAUUUGUAGUUUCUCUGACUGUAUGAUUCCCUCAUGUGCUCUUGUUUUCUUACUGGUUCAAAUCGUAUCAGCAAAUUUAGCCAAGUGAAUUAGCCUAGCUGGUGCGUAGUCUUGAAACUUUAUACAGGUCCAAGUGCAAGUGACUUUGUUUAGUGCUGCAGGUCUGGGACACCUACUGUAUGGAGUUGCUUACAGUUUGAAAAUCUAAUUUCUCUUACUCGGGUGUCUGUGAGAAUCCUCAUUUCAGCCUCUGUCCCAGACACUUCAUUUUGUCCAACAAUAUUAAGUGAGACGUAUCUUGUUGGUGUUACUUUUUACACAGUUUUGUGGUCACGAAACAUCCCGAAAGUUAUACCAUGAGCUUGACUUCACUUCCCAUUUAGCCCCGUUAGCAUAAAUCCUUACUAUUACUGUCUCCACACACCAAGCGCGAGUAAAAUCAUUCGCGCGAAUGAAUUACAUGUUAAGUCAAUGCAAAGACGCGAUUAGACGCUCCUACUACUCUGGUCGCGUGAAUGACGCGAAUUGGGCAUGAGCUGAAAAUGUCUCAACUUGAGCGGAUAUUUGCGCCGCUAUAACUAAUCAGCACUAAGGUUGCCGGGUGACAGACGGUUGUCCACUGGUAUCUAAAAUGGAGGACAAACUGAUCGUGUCGGUGUGUAGAUGCUCAGAAUUAUACGAUGCAUUUUCUUUCAAUUACCAAAAUCGGAUUAAAAAGGAGCUCAUGUGGAGGCAAGAUGGUGAGGAGGUUGGAAUACCUGGUAAAUUGUAAAAAAUCUUUGUCUAUCACUGGAUUCCGCCAGUUGUAUUGGUAGGGAUUACCGUUGAAAUUACCGUUGACGCGUGAAUGAAGCGAGUAGAGCGAGUGAGCGCCCCGUUAGACUGUUAGCUUACUUCUGUAAAUGGUCUUUAUAGAUGACACAGUUGAGAUCCAAAUCCAACCUGCUCUGGUCUUCGUUUACCACGUAGUCGUCAGUGAAGUAGCCGUCCUGUAAGACAACAAAGAGCUUCCUUGUUCUUCAGUUGAGGCUAAAAAGGGAUUUGCAGAUACUAUUUGACCAAAGACCUGCUCUGUCUUCUUUCUCCAAUGUUUCAUGUAGAGCGUUAUGCUUAUCUCUUCAAGCAUAGGACGACUUCUCUCAUCAGCUGUCCUCUUGUUUUCUCUCUCUUUACCUCCUAACGCCAUAAUGUCACUAACAUCCACCCCCUCUCUCUGUUUUUAUGUCCCAUCUCCUCCUUUUUUUUCCAUCCUCUCUGUCUUUAAUUUUUUACCCUUUUACUUUUCCUUCUGCCAUCCUACUUCUCCCUCUCUCUGCCUCUCCAUUUCUUCGUCUUCUCUCUCUCUCUUUCGUUCCCCCUCUUCCUCCACUACUAGCGGGCGGCGCCUACUUCAUGAUCAGUCGCUCUCUGGGUCCAGAGUUUGGGGGGGCAGUGGGCCUUUGUUUCUACUUGGGCACUACCUUCGCUGGAGCCAUGUACAUCCUGGGAGCCAUUGAGAUCCUCUUGGUAGGUUUUGUUUUCGUUGCUGUUUCCAUCUUCUUCUUCUGUUUUAAGGGAUAAUGCAGCGCAAGUGGGUGAUUCCUCAAAUCUUGCGUAUUGACACUUUACCUGCCAGAUUUGGUUGGGGUCCGGUUCCUGAUGUUUCCAACAGACAGAGGCUAAGUCCUUUCUGUUGUUGCUUACACUGAUGUAUCCUGAUGUAUCCCCAGAUGUACAUUGCACCCAAGGCCGCCAUUUUUGAGUCCAAGCACCCUGAGGGAGAAGGAGCGGCCAUGUUGAACAACAUGCGCGUCUACGGCUCCAUCUUCCUCCUCCUCAUGUCCCUGCUGGUCUUUGUGGGUGUGAAGUACGUCAACAAACUGGCCUCCAUCUUCCUGGCCUGCGUCAUCGUCUCCAUCGUUUCCAUCUACAUCGGAGCGCUGGUUUCCGCCUUCAAACCGGCACACUUUCCGUAAGUAUCGAUCAUGAGGUGCACGAGGUGUACGAAGCUAACUGUCCAGUUUUUGACGAAAUACUGUGUUUGCAGUGUGUGCAUGCUGGGAAACAGAACGAUAAGCGGACAUGAAAUCGUGGAUAACCAGUGUGCGAAGACGAGCCUGCUGCAGAUCGACGGCCAAGAGGAGAGAGCGGACACCAACUACUCAACCAUCAACGGUACGCACCAAUGAAAAUGACCACGACUAGACCAAUUCGACAAAUUCAACUGUCCUGACAUGCUGUAGUCCUUCCCUCAGAAACCAGCACCAUGGGCCCGACUGUUCCCCCGAGUCUGGCUCCCCCUCUGGCGGAGAGGACCACGUACCUUUGGAGGCAGUUCUGCGACGGCCCGGAGCUCAACGCCUCCUGCGACAAAUACUUCGAAGCCAAUAACUUUUCAGAGAUUGAAGGGAUCCCAGGACUGGCCAGUGGGAUCAUCUCAGGUGAAACAUCAGGAUCUACUACAACAGGGCGCAACAUGAUUCAUGUUUAAUGUGUUGAAGAUCAAAUUUGAACCUCUUCCUCACAGAGAACCUGUGGAGCUCCUACCUCAGCAGAGGAGACGUAUUAGAGAAAGACUCUCUGGACUCCUCGAACACUGCACAACCAGCCUCUAUGCAUCAGCCUUACGUGUUUGUCGACAUCACCACCUCCUUCACCCUGCUGGUGGGCAUCUUCUUCCCCUCCGUCACAGGUGAGCGUGGUUUCUUAUUGGUCGUUGAAUUAAGGGUUUCCAAGCCUCCAAAUAACUGUAAAUACUCUUCUCUUGUCUGUUAGGUAUCAUGGCUGGUUCAAACCGGUCAGGGGAUCUGAAAGAUGCUCAGCGUUCCAUUCCUAUUGGAACAAUCCUCGCCAUCCUCACCACCUCCCUCGUCUGUAUCCUUUUUAAGAUUCGGGACUUUGUUAUAAAUAGAUAUCUUACGGUAGUAUCGUCCCUAAAAGGCACUUAGACUUUGAUUUGAGUGUUUUCCUGAGUGUUGUCCAUCCAGACCUGACCAGUGUUGUUCUGUUUGGAGCCUGCAUCGACGGGGUGGUCCUCAGAGACAAGUCAGUACACCUGCUCUUUUACCUGACUCUAUAUUUGGUUUUUUUAUUCAGUAGAGAUCUAGAUUACUUCUGUUUGUGUUUUAACAUGUUUACCCACUUAAUUAAAGUUUCCUAAUCUGUGUGUAUUUUUGUCUCUUCUGCAGAUUUGGAGACUCAGUCAGGGGGAAUCUGGUGGUGGGGACUCUAGCUUGGCCCUCUCCUUGGGUCAUCGUGAUUGGGUCUUUCUUCUCGACGUGUGGUGCUGGACUCCAGUCGCUGACCGGUGCACCCCGACUCCUGCAAGCCAUCGCCAAGGACAACAUCAUCCCCUUCCUGCGGGUCAGUGCUGCAGGUUUUCUCUUUGAUUCUUUGUUCAUGUAGGAUUAUUUACUAAAUUCACCCUUAAAAUGAGAGUCCACAGAAAGAACUUAUCGGAUAUGUCCUUAUGAAGGAUUAAAAACCAGAAUGAGUGUGUGUGUGUGUGUGUGUGUGUUUGUUUUUAUAUUUUAAAAGGGACCACUAAUGAACUAAUGAACAUGUACGUGUGUGUGCAUGUAUUUCACUUGCUCCUUGUUGUGUGUGUGUGUGUGUGUGUGUGUGUGUGUGUGUGUGUGUGUUUCAGGUGUUUGGUCAUGGAAAAGCUAAUGGAGAGCCAACCUGGGCCCUGCUGCUGACAGCCCUGAUUGCUGAACUGGGGAUCCUCAUUGCCUCUUUGGACCUCGUGGCUCCAAUACUCACAAUGUGAGACACAGCAGCUUGUGUGUGUGUGUGUUUGUGUGUAUAUGAAUGUGUGUACAGGAUGUUAUUUUGUUGACACUUUAAUUUGUUUUCUUCCUUCAGGUUCUUCUUGAUGUGUUACCUGUUUGUCAACCUCGCUUGUGGCCUCCAGACUCUCCUGAGAACACCCAACUGGAGGCCGCGUUUCUCCUAUUACCACUGGUACUAGCGCCCCCCCACAUAGACACUCACAUGCACACACACUUUUGUGUUAACACACACUGACCUGCGCCUCUGUUGUGUUCAGGACUUUGUCGUUUUUGGGGAUGACAAUCUGCCUCGCGCUCAUGUUCAUAUCCUCCUGGUACUACGCAAUUGUUGCCAUGGUGAUCGCAAGCAUGAUCUACAAGUACAUUGAGUACCACGGGUAAGUUGCCAUGGAGAUAUAUCCCCCCCCCCAACUACCACAUGAUAGUUCAUGUACAGCAUGGUCAAGGGUGUUGUAUGUGAAAGUGUUUGUCGAACAUGUCUCUUUCAGUUUGACUCAUCGGUGUAUUUGUGUGUGUGUAAAAUACACAUCACUGUUUUUAUGCCAUGUGUGUAUUACAGAGCAGAGAAGGAGUGGGGGGAUGGGAUCAGGGGUCUUUCCCUCAGUGCUGCCCGUUACGCCCUCCUGAGGUUGGAGGAGGGACCGCCGCACACCAAGAACUGGAGGUACUGAUUCUUCUGUCACUCAUUCAGACCAAAUUAAUUUAAACCAAGAGUCAUUAGAGAUUAAAGGAUUUUCAUUCAAAUCAAAACAUCAUUUAUAAUUUUCAUGAUUUAGUUCAAGUUAACUUAAAGGAAUAUUCCGGCAUAGAAUUAAUUUAGGGUCAAAGACACUGUAACACUGAGUCAGACACCCCCUCGUUGUGAGAUGAAUGUUGCCGACCGCUUGCUUCUCUAGUUAUACCAACUUUAGUAAUGACCGCACGAUAGCAGUACAGAGAGCCACGCGCUCAACCAAAACGCCACUUUAUAGCCACAAAUAAUGCUCAGAACAGCACCUAACUUCAUCAACAGGACAUAUAGGGUCCCAGCCACCAAACAUCUUUUUAACUUUGCCUGAUUUCUUUAGCAAAGAGACUAAACACAACUGACCUACUCUCUUCCAGCAGCUGCUUGUUUGUAGUGAGACCUCAGGCAAGUCCAUUACAGACUACAGCGGGGUGACGCAGCUCAAGGAAGAACAUUUAUGAUUAUUACUUUAUGGAAAUGCAAUCAGACCGAGAUGCUAAGGCAGAAGAACUACCGUGUCUGCAGUGUAAAAUGUGGAAAAUGGUGAUUAUGACUUCAAGGAAAUGAUAAAGAAAAUUUCCCGGAAUUUCCCUUUUAUAAAAUCUCGGAACUAUUUUAUCUGAAAUGAAAUAUUUCAAGCGUCACUUCAUCAGAUACAGCUUAAAGUUUAGGAGCAUGAGGAAUUGAAGACCUUAAAGAUUAAAGGUGGACUGCUGUGUCUUCUACAGUGGUACAAACUUGAACCCCACAUUAUCUUGCUCUCGUCUCCCACAGGCCUCAGGUUCUGGUCUUACUGAAGCUGGACGAGGACGCCCAUGUCAAGUCUCCUCGCCUGCUGACGUUUGCCAGCCAGCUGAAGGCAGGGAAGGGUCUGACCAUCGUGGGGACAGUCGUCCCCGGAAACUUCCUUCACAGCUACGGAGAGGCUCUGGCUGCUGAGCAGGUGGGCUCAUGACAGCGUCUUUAAACCAGGGGGGCUCGGUACAGAGACCCUUGUUACUCACACAUCGAACUUUUUUUAUUCCGGUUUCAGACUCUGAAGUUCCUGAUGGAGAAGGAGCGGGUCAAAGGUUUCUGUCAGUGCAUUGUCGCCCAGAAGCCUCGUGACGGGAUCAGUCACAUGAUCCAGUCCAGCGGACUCGGGGGGAUGAAACCCAACACGGUGGUGAUGGGCUGGCCCCACGCGUGGAGGCAGAGCGAGGACCCUCAGUCCUGGAAGACCUUCAUCAGUGAGUUUACAGACGCUCUUUUCUCUUUCCUGAUCCUGUCAUUUCAGAUCUAGAGGCUAACAGCGCCCCCUCUCUUCCUCACAGACACAGUGCGGGUAACCACAGCAGCUCACCUGGCCCUGCUGGUGCCCAAAAACAUCUCUCUGUUCCCCACCAACAGCGAGCCCUGCACAGAGGGUUGGAUUGACGUGUGGUGGAUCGUUCACGACGGGGGGAUGCUCAUGCUGCUGCCUUUCCUGCUGCGCCAACACAAAGUAGGACCAAGUGUUUGUUUUUUUUAAAUCUAGUCCACUUUGUCCUGAUAAAUCUGCAUCUAAAACUCUUCGUGCGUGUCGUUCUUAGGUGUGGCGUAAGUGUGGGAUGCGGAUUUUCACUGUGGCUCAGAUGGAGGAUAACUCCAUCCAGAUGAAGAAGGAUCUGGCGACCUUCCUCUACCACCUCCGUAUUGAGGCCGAAGUGGAAGUCGUGGAGAUGGUACGCUUAAGAGACACUCAAACAUUUAGAAAGUCCUCAAAAUCUCCAUCCCUCUCUGAACGUCUCCCUCUCUCUGUGUCUCAUUUCCUUUCAGCACAACAGUGACAUCAGUGCGUACACCUACGAGAGGACCCUGAUGAUGGAGCAGAGGUCCCAGAUGCUGCGACAGAUGAGACUGUCCAAAUCAGACCGGGAGAGAGAGGUGAGCUUGAGUCCGAGUUUUAGAUCUGCGUCUAAACGAUUGUUGCAGGAAAAAGGAAUCGUGAUUUCAAAUCCUCUGAUCACUCCUAGCUCUGAAAUGCUCUUUGGGUCAUCUGCUGGGGUUGACGUGCUGUUUGUGACUGUCGUGCAUCAUUUUAUCAGGGCAUUCCAGGUUUCAGCAGCAGUAGGCCAGAGGCAGGUGGAGCUACGAAGUCUCAGGUCAGUGUGACAGCCAGCUAGACCGUGUUUGAACAGGUCGAGACGGUUCAACAGAGAGAAAGCUGUGUGUUUGUCAAACUAAAGCUCCCUCUUCUGUAGCCGUACUAACAAAAAACAGAGAUACUGUGUGUCAUAGAGGUCUCCUGUGUGCAAGUCUGUGUCAUAGAAAUCCAGAUUUAGAAACUGAAGACGAUAUCUGAAGCCUCUCAGCUGCUACGGACAAAAGAUGGCGUUCUCUUAAAGAAGCUGUGAGUCGGUUGUUUUUGUGCCAACGUAGAGGAUGUAUUGUUUUGUCGACUCUACGUGAUCUAAGUUAGAGAUAAUGAAAAGUGAGCAGGUUGUAGUGGUGGAUCUGCGUUCCCCUUCCAGAACAACCCCUCAUCACACAGCUGCUGACGAUAGCAGAAUUAUAACUGGGUCAAAUCUUUUGGCAUCAAAUCAAGUUUAACUUUAUUUUAAUACUGAAAUAGCUGAGCUCAGGAGUUUCACUCCAAGUGGAGUAUUUUACAGUAUACUGCUGUACUUUUAUACAUUUACUACAGUGCAGUUACAAUUAAAAGGGUAAACAUAGAUUUAUGACUUUUUCAUUUUGACUUCAUGAUCAUAUAGACCUUUAGGUUACUUUAGGCUUUGCUCGCUCUGUGCCUCUGCUUAACUGUCACACAUGCCUGACUCUCCUGCUCUCAGCCUGCUACGAGGUGUUUUUCUGCACUCUGACUUUGAGAUCGAGAAGAUGUUAAGGUCAUGAGUAAGAAGCCUCGUCAAAACCUGGAUCAGCUGUUGCCAUGGUGACAACAUCAAUGAAACUUUUUAGGCUACUUCAAAAGAGAAACGCUGAUUGAAUUUUUUCUGACUUUUUUCUCUCAACUCUGAGGAAAAAGUCUGAAUUCUGCCUCCAAAUUAGGCAUUUUGAGUUUAAUGUCAGAAUGAUGAGAAAAAUGUUUCAAAUUUAAUCUCAAAAUUCUGUGGAAAAAAAGGUCCUUAUUGUGAGAAAAAUUAGAAUUCUGUGUUUUAUUGAAAAUUAUGCCUUAAAUUUCACAAUUCACAAAAAAGUCACAAUUUUAAAAAUUCGGAGAUUACAUGCAGAAUUCUACCUUUAAUCUCAGAAUUUUAGGUAAAAUAUAUAUAUAAUCCCAUGACUCUAAUCUCAGAAUCCUGAACUAAAUUUUGGAAUCCUGAGAAAAAAAAAGUCUUAAUUCUGAAUUUAAAUUUUGAACCGGUACAGCCUCCUUACUGGGUUUUUUUCUGCCUCUUCGCUCUACAGCUCUGACAUUUUCUUUUGUUUUUGGCGGUCUUUAAAAAUCUCAAAUUGUGUUCUGCGAAGAGUUCUCUCACACGCUGACUUUGCCGUUUGUCGUAACCUUCAGUUUUUGUGUCUUUUUCCUGUCUUUAACCUUUUCCCCCAACAGUUCGUCCUCCGGUUUGUAUCCUUAGCAACAGUCUGUUCUUCAUAGCAACAGUCUGCUAUAGAGAAAUAACAGACUGUUACAUUGAAGUGUUUGUAUGUUGUAUGUGAUGACCAAUCAGGAGCAAGAAUGUGACAUAAGGUGAAUGUAACAGGGUCAGAACAUGACCACCCUGUGAUUGCUUCAACAACAGGAGGAAGUGGAGUCUCAUCAGGUUUUCUUACUCAAGCUUUUUGUCGUCUUUUUCUGUCACUGAUCCUCUCAGCGGGUUCGCUGGAGUUUUGAUGACGUAAGUUGGUCUCCCUGUAGUUAAAGCUGGUUUUCGUAGAGAAGCUUAGACUGACUUGACAGUAGACCUUCUGUGAUUGACUCCCGUGUAGAAACAUCCGGACAGAGACGAUGUUUUAAGGAGAUUCUUCUGAAUUCUUCAGAGAAAGAUGAAAACAUUUGUUCGCUUAUUUAGAACUUUAUCCGAAGAAUUCAGUGGAGUCCAGUGAUAAAAAUCUAUAAAGUAGACGUUGACCUGGGUCAAAAGUGUUUCAUUAAGAAGUCAAGAUAAAGUCAAAAUUGUGAUUUUAAGAUUUAUUAAGAAAUUUAUCAAAACCAUCUGGAAAUGAUGAUGCUGUUUGACUCAGGUCUUCAUAGGAAAUCCAGCACCAAAGUCGUCCCCGUAGUUCACCGUCAGUCCUCCUGAUAGAGCAUGUAGAGUGUGUUUCUAGUCUCCUCAGGUACUCAAACGCCCCCUCAAGACGCCGAGGAUGUGAAACAGACAGAAACCAGAUGAAGGAGAGGAUGUUUGUGUCUGUUUUCAGGCCCAGCUGGUGAAGGACCGGAACUCCAUGCUGCGGCUGACGAGCAUCGGAUCUGAUGACGAUGAAGAUACGGACGCCGGGGAGCGAGAGAGGCCGACGAGCAGCAGCGGCAGCUCGGAGCACCAUCGGAGAGUCCAGAUGACCUGGACUAAAGAGAAAACCUCGCAGUACAGAGCGACGCACUCGGGCUGCUCCACACCUGAGGGCUUCAGAGACAUGCUCAGCAUCCGGCCGUGAGCGCCACACCUCUGCCGUCAGAUCAGGUCGGUCCACUCGCAAAGUGAUAGAGUUUUAAAAUGGUUCUUUCUUUCCUUUCCUGUAGGGAUCACUCCAACGUCAGGAGGAUGCACACCGCAGUCAAGCUCAACGAGGUCAUCGUCAACAAAUCCCAUGAUGCUCGGUUGGUCCUUCUGAACAUGCCUGGACCCCCCAGGAACACAGAUGGAGAUGAGAACUGUAUCCUUAGAAGACAAGUGUUGUUUUUGGAGGCCUGUUUUUAUUUUAGAUUUAGUCCAGUCUUUGUGUCAAACCGUUAUUUUAGUUUUAAUUAGUUUAAGUCACGUUCAAACUCAAGUCAGAAUAACCCAUGAGUAUAUUAGUCUAGUUUAAGUCAGAAUAACCCGUGACUAUUUUAGUCUAGUUUAAGUCAGAAUAACCCAUGAGUAUAUUAGUCUAGUUUAAGUCAGAAUAACCCGUGACUAUUUUAGUCUAGUUUAAGUCAGAAUAACCCAUGACUAUUUUAGUCUAGUUUAAGUUAGAAUAACCCAUGAGUAUAUUAGUCUAGUUUUAGUCAGAAUAACCCAUGAGUAUAUUAGUCUAGUUUAAGUCAGAAUAACCCAUGACUAUUUUAGUCUAGUUUAAGUCAGAAUAACCCAUGAGUAUAUUAGUCUAGUUUUAGUCAGAAAAACCCAUGACUAUUUUAGUCUAGUUUAAGUCAGAAUAACCCAUGAGUAUAUUAGUCUAGUUUUAGUCAGAAAAACCCAUGACUAUUUUAGUCUAGUUUAAGUCAGAAUAACCCACGACUAUUUUAGUCUAGUUUAAGUCAGAAUAACCCAUGACUAUUUUAGUCUAGUUUAAGUCAGAAUAACCCACGACUAUUUUAGUCUAGUUUAAGUCAGAAUAACCCAUGACUAUUUUAGUCUAGUUUAAGUCAGAAUAACCCAUGACUAUUUUAGUCUAGUUUAAGUCAGAAUAACCCAUGACUAUUUUAGUCUAGUUUAAGUCAGAAUAACCCAUGAGUAUAUUAGUCUAGUUUAAGUCAGAAUAACCCAUGACUAUUUUAGUCUAGUUUUAGUCAAUGAUUUUAAUCUCUUUUUAGAAAUGUAAUUCUGUUUAACCCAGUUAAUAUAGAAUAUAAUCCUGGUAUAGUCACAAGCCCACCAUUUAUGUUUUGUCUCGUUUUCUCGUCACGUGAUAAAGGUUCAUUGAUGACGAUAUUUUGUCAUAAUUGUUGUUGACGAUAGCAAAACUCUAUCAGACUGAUGGUUUUCACUUAAUUGAACAAAUGUGGGGGACACAAUCUCACUUUUUAACUCGUCCUGUCAUUUUAAAAGUUUUGUUCGCUGAUAAAAUUUAAGGAAUUAUAUUUCAGCAGCCCCUCCUUGACUCUCAGCUCAGAUAUGGAGUUCCUCGAAGUCCUGACUGAAGGUCUGGAGCGCGUCCUGUUAGUCCGAGGAGGAGGGAGCGAAGUCAUCACCAUCUACUCCUGA